AUGCAGUCUCCCACUGCGAGUCGGGGUGGGGUUUAUAUGAUGGGUCUUUCGCUGGGCAAGUACAGUCACAAGUAGUGCUUUGAGUGUUCUUUAUUUCAGAGAAGUCAUUUUCCUAGUCGUGUGUAUCUUCUUGGAAUCCCGGUGUUCCUCUUUCACGUUCAGUCAUACCCUUAUCCUCGCCCCCAAAAUGGGCCUCCACUCCGCCCCUAAAUGGGACCCCGAGACCACUCUCAACAUCAUAAACCACGGCCACCGCGGCUCCCUCACCUGCGUCGGUUACGCUUAUAGCAAACACCGCGGCUGCAAAACCCAUAUCAACGCCGCCAAUCGCGCCUCCGCGUUCAACAUCCUAGAGGACCUCAAAUACCUAAGCCCACAUAGCUCUUCAGUUCAAGUGCAACUGUAUAAGCUCGCGAGGCACACGCUAUGCCUCGGCAACCACCAAAGUCAGGUUGAUAAGGUAGUCGACGGGUGGAUGAGUGAUAUCGCCAAACUACCAAGAUACAGCACAUCUCGUGUCCAAGUCAAAAGGGAACCUGAGGACUUGGAUAUGGAUGAGAGGUGGGAUGAGAUUAUGGAAUUGAACGAUCUACUCCAUGAUCGGGAGACGAGGAUGUUGCAUCGGCGCCUCGUGCAGGUAGCGCGGUCGCUGGAAAGAGCAGCGGCGAAGGGGUUGGACACUGUGGCGCUAAAGGGCGAGAUGGAGCAUCUUUUGCGCCAAUUGAGGAAGCUAGGAGUGGAGUCACAGCACUUCAAGCAGGAAGAUGACGAGUAUGACUCUGAGGAGGAACGUGCGGAGGAGAGGUGGCGGGAGCAGAAACGGAGGCAGGACAAUUGGGAGAGGAAGUGUCGACAGGCGCACGAGCGUCGGAUGGAGGAACAGCGAGAAAAAGCGAGGCAGCGAACAGAAAGACUAAGAAAAGAGAGGGCCGAGACAGAGCGGCGUGAGACAGAGCGUAGAGAAGAGGCAGAACGACUUAGGAAGGAGGACGAAAAACGCGAAGAGGAGGCGAGAAGGCAGGCGGAACAGUUGGAGAAAGAGAAAGUUGAGAGAGAGCGACGGGAGGAAGAACGUCAAAGACGUGAACAAGAAGAAAAGUUGCGCAAAGCGGCAGAGGAAAGGCGUAAAAGGGAGACCGAGGAGCGGAACGAGCGUGCCAGGCAGCGAGCUGAGAAGAUGAGGAAGGAGAAAGAACGCUUAGCCAAGGAGAAAGCCGAUGCGGAGAAGAAGACGUUGGAGGACGCAUGGUUGCGAUACAGCACGGGAUGGGGUAUACUCAAGAAGAACACUACCAAAGCGACGUCGGCUGAAUUUCGUCAAAUAAUACCGUGGCCUGUCGUUUCAGGCAAAGUUGAAGACGUCAACGAUAAAAAUGUUGAAGAGUUCUACCGAAAGGCUACCCCUUACCAGGACGAUGCCAGCAAGAUGUUCCUAUUUAUGAAGAUGGAAUGUCUUAACUGGCACACCGACAGAUUGCCACAGCGGCUCGGUGACGGUGAGGUCGAUGCCACCCUUGCGGGCCUCUUUAAUACAGUCAUGCGCAUGGUGAUCAAGUUGAGGUCGGAGGUGCAAGAGAGACGAGCCAGAUGAGAUCGCUUUUUCUUCGUUGUCAAUUUGCAUUUCAUUCAUCUCUUACAGUCUAUAUAUCUUUCAUUUCAUUCACGUCUGCUUUACCCCUUGAACGUUAUUUAGCACCGUCAGAAGUCCCUCAGUACCUUGCCGGAAAUAUAGAAGCGAAGUAGCAAUCCUGACGCCGUAAUCCAUCUCGAUGUCUAACGAGGCAUGUCCGGUCUCGCAUGCCACAGUCCGAAGUCGC